AUGCCUGUCCAUCGUCCAAAUAUUCGAAAAUCUGGUUUCUCUAUCGAUGAUAUUAUUAGUCAUGCCGACGACCGAACAUGUCCCGACACUUUAACCACAGAGACAACUUCUUCUCGAAUCCAACCUUUAAAAUCGGAUAUGAAUAAAAUGGCUCAUUGGCCCCCUGUGACAUCGAUCGUUUCCCACAAUAGCACCAUUGUACAAUCACCGCAGUCAAUAUCAUCCUCAUCGACGUCAAACAAUCAUUAUAUGUCAAAUCUGCAUUCAGCAGCGGCAGUAGCAAUGGCAGCUGUCUCUGGCUCGAAUUGGGCAUUCGGUGGACACGGAUCACAGUUUGAUCCUGUUAUUCAAUAUCAACUUCAACGUGAAUCAGCAUUAAAUUACAUCCGGAAUGGUGGACGACUAUUCGACGGAAGAUUUGCAAGUCCUGAAGCAGCUGCGGCAUUGAUUUUACAUUCAUUUCGAAAACCAAAACGUAUUCGAACAGCAUUUACACCUGCACAACUGUUAAAAUUAGAACAUGCAUUUGAAAAAAAUCAUUAUGUAGUCGGACAAGAACGAAAAGAAUUAGCGAGAAAUUUAAAUUUAACUGAAACACAGGUGAGUCAACAUGUUCCUAAAUUAUGCUUAAUAUUUGAUCAUAUGGUGAAAGUUUGGUUUCAAAAUCGUCGAACAAAACACAAACGAUUGAAAUGUGAAGAUGGUAACAGCACAAAUGGCGGCGAUGAUAGCCCAUCGGAAAAAGAAAAAUGGGAAUCGUCCGAAUUAGAUAUUUGUGAUCAUCAAGACGAUUCAUCACCAGCAUCUCCCCAUCAGUCGCCCUCACCUCCUCCGUCUCAACCAGUUCCACCAUUACAUAAUCAACAACAACAUACUAAUCAUAUUCGAGAACAUUUCGCGACAAAUGGUAAUUCAUUAUCACAACAUCAGAUAAGAUCUACGCGAAACGAUCAUCACCACCAUCAGCGUCAUGAUCGAUCGACUGUAUAUUAUUCUGCAAAACAUCACAAUCGUUCAUUCAGCGAUAGAAUACCUUCGCUAAAUACAUCGCGUUCUCGUUCGAGAAGUUCAAGCAGAGAAUGA